GCAAUCAAGGCGUGUUUGGUGGCUGAUGUUACCCAAAAGGGCUACUUCCAGGACGAGUCUCUCCCAAAUGUUGAUGACCCGCUUGGAUACACCGUGCUCUCCUGCGACAUGGAAACAGACCACAUCCCCGUGUCGCCCGCUCACACGCAAGACAUGCAGCUCGCAGAAGACGUUCUGGGCCGCUUGCGGCAGCUCGAAGACACGGGUGUACCCCCACACGCAGACGACCCUGAUUCCGACCGCACGGCAUACCUCGCGCAAAUAGGGCCCUUACUCAGGUCCUUCCGCGCGUGGACAGUGCCUGCCGCGGACGCAGCCCUGCACCUGGAUUACGCACCGUGGCUUAGGCACAUCGUGGCCGUCGAGGAGGAACAACGCGCCGUGUUCGCCCAAACUGAGGCGUCUGGUGGCAGCCAACGGCGUCGGACAAGGAACAGCCAGAGGAGCGAACACAGCUGGCUGUCGCUCGUUGCCGAGGAGAGGGGACUGCUAGCGACUUCUGGGUUCUCUACAUAGCUGCGUAUAUUCCCUGUGAAGCCGUGCUCGUAUUACAAUGAGUCAGUUCGCUUAUGCAGCUCAGAGUUGACCUCGUGGCCCAGC